AUGGCGCUAUUGGCCCUGACGGCUGUUCAGGGCAAGCCGGAGCAUCACUACGAAAAGGGCGAGGAGGUCGCGCUUCUGGCCAACAAAGUGGGACCUUAUGCCAAUCCCUCCGAGACGUACCAGUUUUACUCGCUCCCCUUCUGCCAGCCGGAGGAGGGCAAGCAGUAUGUCCUAGAGGACCUGGGGGAGGUGCUGGAGGGCGACCGCCUAGUCAGCACGCCAUACGAGAUCAAGUUUCGGGAGGAUGCCGAAGAUGUGCAGCUCUGCUCCAAGACCCUCAGCAUGCGGGACCUCGAAAAGCUCCGCACGGCAAUCAAGCAGGACUACUAUUUUCAGAUGUUUUUUGACGACGACCUGCCAGUGUGGGGCUUUGUCGGCAAGGUGGAGCCGGGGCGGCGGCAGAAGGGCGGCGCGCCCAGCGAGAGCAGGGUGUUCCUGUUCACCCACUUCCACUUUGACAUCUCAUACAACGAGGACCAGGCAAGAAUGGGGCCAGGGGCUUGGCGGGGCCACUGCAGGGGGGAGGGGGCCACAGCGAGCAGCAGCAAGGGCCCGCCGGCAGGCGGCCGGCGCGCAGGGGGGCCAGGGGUCAUCGAGCUCAACGUGUCGACUGUCUCUGUGGACCCCAACAAGACCGUCGACAUCAGUCAGGGCAGCGAGCUGGCUGUGCGCUUCAGCUACAGCGUCAAGUGGGCGCCCACCAACGCGACGUUUGAGGACCGGAUGGACCGCUACACGCGGUACUCGUUCCUGCCGCAGCAUUUGGAGGUGCACUGGUUCAGCAUCAUCAAUAGCUGCGUCACGGUGCUGCUGCUGACGGGCUUCCUGGCCACCAUCCUGCUGCGCGUGCUCAAGAACGACUUCCUAAAGUUCACGCGCGAGUCUGACCGCGAGGCAGGGGAGGACCUUGAUGAGUCCGGGUGGAAGUACCUCCACGGGGACGUGUUCAGGUUCCCCCCCGACGUCAAUCUGUUCAGCGCCAUGAUAGGCGUGGGCACACAGGUCCUGGUGAUCAUCCUGGCUGUGUUUGCCCUGUCCCUGAUGGACAUGUUCUACCCCUACAACCGCGGGGCCAUGCUCUCGGCCUGCGUCGUGCUUUACGCCCUCACAGCAGGCAUCUCAGGUGUGGCCACCACAAUCAGUCGGCUCAGCAGCCCCCUUGGCGAGCACUAA